AUGGCCAUGGAGUUGAGCAUUGACCCAGCCAAGAGGGAGGAGCAGAUCAAUGCCAACAAGGCCAUCAUCCAGGAGGCAGCAGGCUCCAUGGCACCCUUGUCUGGCCAAGAACGUUACGUCAGCAUCUCUGCUUCCCACACCACUGCAUUUUUGAGAGCCAUCCAACAUGGCUGCACACCAGAAAGUGGACCAGCCAUUGAAGUUCCAAGGGAUGAUCCAGCAUGGGACCUGAUCCAGAAUGGCUGGCAAUGGCUGAUUUUUAGCCACUUGGUCGAAAAGCAGUGGCCAAUGUUACCAUCCAUGCUCCAAGGGGCCUUGAAUUCUGCAAAUGCCAUCUCCAAAGCUGCCAAUGAAUUGGAAUUGGCAGCCCAGCUAGCCAAUUUGUUCCAGCAUGGGGUGCCACUCAAGGAAGCCAAGAGCAAAGUCCAAGCCAGCACCACUGUGGAGCCACAGCUUUUGGCAAACCUUUGCUAUUUUAUCACCCACUAUGCUGGAGGUGAUACAUUUCCAUUCAUUGAUUUCCUGCAGAAAUUCAGUGCCUUGCCUGUGUUUGAAAACUCCAACAUGGAAAUGGGCACCAUCACCCAUGGUUCCUUCAAAGUACCAUGCUUCCAGAAUUCCAAGCCCUUGGCUGCCAAUGAACUUUUGCAGUACCAGAAGGCAGAGGACACCCAAGAGGUUGCCAUGAAGAAGGCCAGUGCCAUGGAGAAGCCCAUGAAGAAGCCCAGUGCCAUGGAGAAGCCCAUGAAGAAGCCCAGCGCCAAGGUGUGUGGAUUGGCCUGGCUUUCCAGCUACCUGGCCCAUGGUACCACCUUGAAGUAUGUCCCAGAGCAGGACCAGGAGGUUGCAGCCAAGGUGAUGCAGGGCAUCCAUGAGGCCAGCAGGGCCAUCCCCAAUGCUUCUGGCAUGAAGACCAUGAAGAAGACCAUGAAGAAGACCAUGAAGAAGACCAUGAAGGCCAAGAACUACCUUGUUCCAGCCACCUACCAUCAUUUCAUGUCCAUGGCAUCCUCCCAAGUGCUGACCAUUGAUGCCUACUCCUUGACACACAAGACCACAGGGGAACCCACAUUGCAGAUCCAUUUCAAUGAUGGCUCCAAGAAAGAGUAUCCAACUCCACCACUUCAUCCAGAAGGUCCAAGGAGUAUGUGGGUCCAUAUCCUCCAUGUGGAUGACAGCCUGGUCCCAUACAAACAGUAUUUACCACCAGGGACCAGUGAGGAUCCAACUGGCAUGCCAGUGGAAAUGAUUGAAGCCACCAGGACCCUCCAGAAGUUGACCACUGAAGAGUUCAUCACUGAAAGUGAUGAUGAGGUGGUUGCCAUGUGGGAAAGGAACCACAUGGCAAACCAUGAUGAGAGCACAGACCAAGCCUACAUGAAUGCCAUCCAAGAGGUACAUCAGAUGUCCAUGGAGGACUCCAUGGAAGCCAACUUAGUUAUGGAGGAUAUAGCCAUAGAGAUCCAGUGGUACAAAGACAUGGAUGAACCCAUGGAACCAGCAGAGGAUGCAUGGGCCAGGUACUGGCACCAUCAUCCCAGACCAGGCCAGGAGGUACCAGCAGACCAAGGUGCAGAUGCAUCCAGCAGCACCAUCCCCACAGCAGGUGCAGCAAAAGCCAAAUCCAUUGGCACCACUGCCAAGGCAAAAGCACCAAAAGUAGGAGCCAAAGGCAGCUGUGCCAGUCCAGCAAAUGCAAUGCCAGGUGGUGCCAUGCCAGCCACAUCUGAUGCAGCAGCAUCAGCAUCCAGACCAGAUGGUUCCAGCAGGCCACCAGAGCCAGCCAUACCACCAAGAACUUCCAGGCCAGAUGCAGCCACCAACCAAGCCAGGCCAGCAAAGAGCAAUUACCAAACAGGUUGGAGGGCCAAGAUGGUGUGGAUGCUGGCCAUGUGUGAGAACCAUGAUUGGGAUGCCCUGGCAGCCAAGAUUCCCAUCUUGUGGGACCAGCUGGAGAAACCACAUGGCUUCCAGGAAUGGACAAGCACCACCAUCAUCCAAGUCCUGGAGAAGCUCGACCAAGACAGCUUGCCCAAUGAUUUGAAGAAGACAAUCCAAGAUGCCAUUGACCAAAUAGACUUGGCUGGCACUGGCCACUUGAAGACAGUCAUUGCAGGCCAGCACAUUGAAGGCUUUAGCCACUAUGUGUCCAAGGAGGAUUGGGCCAGGUAUGCCUUGGUGGAAGAGUUUGCUGCUGUGUUUGCCAAGACUCCACCAGGCACAGUGCCAAGUGCGAACAGAUUCCCAGCCAACCCAGCUAAACUUGGAAAGGCAUGGCUAGACCAAGUCUAUGGUGCGGAUGAGCCAGCCAUGGUGUCCAUUGCUGGUGGCUGGAAAAGCAUGGCAGCUCAAGCCAACCAAGAUAACAUAGUUGAAGAGGAACGCCAAAAAGGGAAGCCCAAGAAAAGGAAGGUGGAGAGUGCCCCAGAGGUGAUAGAGGUGCCAGUGGGAGAUACCACCAUUGCCUGCUUGAUGCAAGGCAAAAGGCCCACCAAAUCUGAUUUGGUGGUGCCACUGGAAGAAGACCAGUUGAAGCCAAUCUUCUUGCUCCUCCACCAGGUGAAAGUGGAGAACCCAAGGCUUGAACAACAUUGCAGGUGGCUUUGGAAAAAAGGAAUGAAAAGGCAGUUGCUUGGGGAAAGCAUGGCCAUGGAGUUGAGCAUUGACCCAGCCAAGAGGGAGGAGCAGAUCAAUGCCAACAAGGCCAUCAUCCAGGAGGCAGCAGGCUCCAUGGCACCCUUGUCUGGCCAAGAACGUUACGUCAGCAUCUCUGCUUCCCACACCACUGCAUUUUUGAGAGCCAUCCAACAUGGCUGCACACCAGAAAGUGGACCAGCCAUUGAAGUUCCAAGGGAUGAUCCAGCAUGGGACCUGAUCCAGAAUGGCUGGCAAUGGCUGAUUUUUAGCCACUUGGUCGAAAAGCAGUGGCCAAUGUUACCAUCCAUGCUCCAAGAGGCCUUGAAUUCUGCAAAUGCCAUCUCCAAAGCUGCCAAUGAAUUGGAAUUGGCAGCCCAGCUAGCCAAUUUGUUCCAGCAUGGGGUGCCACUCAAGGAAGCCAAGAGCAAAGUCCAAGCCAGCACCACUGUGGAGCCACAGCUUUUGGCAAACCUUUGCUAUUUUAUCACCCACUAUGCUGGAGGCAGGAACUUCAACAUCCAGCUCCAAGCGGGCCAUGAGCCAAUCCAUGGAAGCAAUAUACCACUUGGGCUGAUGAUCCCAAACAGCAAGAAUGCCUCAUCCCAUUUUGGUGGGUCAAGGGCACCAAGGAAAACUCCAACAUGGAAAUGGACACCAUCACACAUGGUUCCUUCAAAGUACCAUGCUUCCAGAAUUCCAAGCCCUUGGCUGCCAAUGAACUUUUGCAGUACCAGAAGGCAGAGGACACCCAAGAGGACAUUCCUGCCCAAGGGAGCCAAGGCAGCGCACCUAAGAAGAGAAGGACCACUUGAUUGA